AUGGACAAUGGAUCAUCUGGUUCAGACAGGAAGAAGAGGAACAAAACGACAAAGCAGCUUACUCCAAGCACCGAACGUAAGGCAUCCGGAUGCAAUUGGGAGACUUACAAAAAUUUAUUUCCCAACCCAAAGACAGAAGAAAGCACUGGAGAAAAAAGUGUUUCACAGAACAGAUAUCCAAAGCUUAAAAAAGUAUACACCACUCCACUUCAUACGGAGCCAUGGGAGGAAAGCGGCAAGCACAAUGCCGUCAAGAAUAAAGAGAACAAGAACACUCUGACGAAGCAAGUCGCCAUGGACUGCGAAAUGGUCGGUAUCGGCGACGGCGCAGAGAGUAUGAUAGCCCGAGUAUCAAUUGUAAAUAAACACGGCGAUUGUCUGUACGACAAAUACGUCAAGCCGAGGGAGAAGGUCGUGGAUUACAGAACGGCGAUCAGCGGCAUUCGACCGGAGCACUUGCAGAACGGGGAAAACUUCAACGUCGUGCAGAAGGAGGUGGCGGAUAUCCUGAAGGGUCGCAUUUUAGUGGGCCACGCGUUGAAGCACGAUCUCAACGUUCUGUAUCUGUCGCACCCGCGAAGAUAUUGGCGGGAUACUUCGAGAUAUAAACCUUUCCGUCAGAUAUCGAAGGGGAACACUCCCAGCCUGAAGAAGCUCGCGCACGAAUUGUUAGGUAGGGAGAUACAAGUAGGCGAGCACAGUUCCGUGGAAGACGCAAAAGCGGCGAUGCAAUUGUACAUGUUGUAUAAAAAUAAGUGGGAAUCGGAGAGGAAACAUUGA